AUGCCGAUCCAACGCACCAUCUUCGGCCGGCCCGUGACGCUGCAGAUGCCGCCGGCGCGGUUCCAGGCCAUCAUCGUGCUUGUUAUCUUCAUCAUCGUCAACGUCAGCUUCUAUGGCCCGCCCAAGCGCGAGAAUCUGCCCACCUACGAAGACGUCGCCGAGGCCGUCAAGCAUCCUCAAGCACACCUGCCGGACAUUGGAGACCUCCACGUCCCCGCCAUCCCGAAGCCCUUUGGUCCCGCUGCGCAUAAGCCGCCCGCGCAGCCGAACAGCACCACCACGAGCUCCUACCGAGCCAUUGAGUGGAUCACCGACUUCAAAUGGCGCAAUCCCUUCUCCAACGCCAUCGCAUACGACGAGAACCGCGCUGUCCUGCCACCGCUGCGAGAACGGCCGCCCAUUUACACAUACUAUGAUGCCCCAGGAAAGCAGCCCAAGGCGAUAUCUGAGGCAGAGCAGAGGCUCAUCUUGGCAUGGCGGCGUGCGUGGUGGGCUCAGGGCUUCAAGCCGCAGGUCCUGUCCCGCGCCGAGGCCCAAAAGCACCCCCUCUAUGAGCUCUUCCAGCGCAUGAAGCUGGAUGCAAAGGCCGAGACGGAGAUUGCGAGGUGGCUGGCAUGGGGACACAUGAGCGGCGGAGUCCUCGUCAACUGGCUUGCCUUUCCCAUGGCCGAGUACGACAACGCCAUGCUGAGCUUCCUGCGCCGCGCCGAAUAUCCCAAGCUGUCUCGCGUACAGACGCUGAACAACGGCGUCUUCUUCGGUGACAAAGCGACGGUCGAUGCUGCCUUGAAGAAGGUCGUGAAUAACGACCUCUUGAAGAACGUGACAGCGAACAACGAGAAGAUCACCCAGCUGGCACGCAGAGAGGGUGGUGCAGUCGUCAACCUACUGACUCCGGCUGACGUCCAGGUCGACAAGAAAGGCCAACGCGAGACCAUAUCUAGCAAGUAUGGCACCGUCAACGAGAAGCUGACCAACACCACGCAAGCCGAGGGCCUUGCGCUGCUCGCCACUCUGAUCAACUCGCACCUCCACCUCACUUUCCAGGAGCUGCACCCAGAAGGCGUUGCCAUUGCCAAACCUCUGCCCGAACACACGACAGCCCUCAUGUUCGAGGCAGCCCAAAUUGGCCGGAACCUCACCCAGUGCCCCACAUCGCCAAUGCCCAAGUCCUGCCCACCUAAUCGACCCAAGUGUACACCCUGCGAUGCAAACAAGCCCAUGAAGCUGCAAGAGUUUCCCGAGUUCGUCAACACCACCAAAUUCUUCACCAUCGGCACCGUUCCGCACCCAUACACCAUGACCUCGCUGCACUAUACGCGUGACACCAUCAACGCCGACAUCCUGCGCACCAUCGCCGCUCGCGAUCUCUGGAUCAAGGAGCUGACAAAGAAGUCCAUCGGAGAGAAGAACACCGAGGAAUUCCGCCUCGUGCAGUUCAAGGAGCUUGUCGCAGCAGCCCCCGCGCACACCCUCUGGCUCACAGCCGAGCGCGUCACCCAGCACGAUCUCGACUGGAUCUUCGGUUUUGAUCUACCUCAAACCGCGUCUCCAACCAAAGAGCCCAGCUCGCCCAGCGACGAUUCACAGCUCAUCAUCUUCCACCCCAUCAAAGGCCAAGAAACACCCGAGGAUCAGUGGAUCAAGAAGGAAGAGAUCCGUCUCGGUAAGGCACGCGAUGCGCUGAAGAGCAAGGACAAGCGCAUGAAGACGGUUGUGGGUGAGGUGGAGCAGUGGAACCUUGCGGACACGGAGGCAUGGAAGUUUGCGCGGGCCUACUCUGCGCGACGCAGGAUGGAGAGGAAGGUGUGGGAAGAGGAAGAGGGCAAGUUUGCCGGAAGCGAAAAGAAAGCUGGUCUGAGGUAG